CCGCGUAUACACGCGCACGACAAAAUUCCACACGCGAUAAAAACGCGCCAAGUAACUUACGGGGAAAACAUUACACGCGAAACGAAGUGAAGUUUAAAUAUAUGUGGCGAAAAUAAAUGAUAAAUAAAAUAAGGGAUAUAAAAAUAAAUUGACAUUAACUUUAAGAUUGAUUUUAAACUGUAUAUUCAAGGCGGUGAUAUUUUGGUACCAGGGCAAACUGCCAGAUUGUCUUUAUAGUAUCAACAGGAUGCAUUUUACUAAUAUCACGUAAAUAAUACAAUUUCGGAUACAUUACGAGUUUAUGUUUGUCAAUUGAGUAUAGCGUUUAUGAAUUGCAAACAUAAAUAUAGAUGAAUAUAGACCGUAAGAUCUAUAAAAAGUUGUAAAAAGCGGCGAACAGCCGCGGUUGAUUAUGAUAAUGUCAAAAUUAUGCAAUUAAAUAUUUCGGAGAAAGGCAGACUGGUUUGGACCACGGAUUGACGAGACUAUAGUGUGUUAUCAUGGAGAUGUCCUCUUCGACUCAGUUGGAAACGUCUGGUGACACUGCCAGUCCUGGCAGGAGGGCGGCGGUUCCUAAAAUCCCGCUGGCUCUGAGGCUAUGGAGUCUUCUGCAGCCGCUGGCGAGGUUGUGGGGACUGAUCACGGCUGUUGUUAUGAGUGGAGCCGGUUCAGAACUCGUGGUGCUAGGACGAGGGGCAUCAGGGCCGGGCUUGCUCGUUGGAUCAGCAUGCGUGCUGAUACUGGAGACGAUGUGGGUAGCAGCACUCUUCGUGGACGUGCUUUGCCGGCGCGGGGAAUAUACACUGCCGCUUCGGUGCUGGGACUUUGCACGUUGGUCGUGCGGCCGAGCGCGCGCUCCAGCCUAUGCGUGCGCUGCCACUGCGUUGCUGUUUGCUGACCUUACGCUGCUGGCCACUAUUUCAGGUGGCAUGCUGCUGGUAUUAGCGGCGCUCCGAGCCGCAAUACCCUUCUCGCCAAACGCAACACACGGGCCCCACUCGCCGCGAGCUGGCAGCUCACUGCUCAGUCAGUUGGACUCACCGUUGCCUGAUGUGUUCUACUCUCAAGCUGUCAAGGAGAGAUGCGAAGAAAUGACCGUGCUGGAUCUAAAGGUGCCCGAAAGGCCUCGCUCGCCAUCGCCCAAGCCCCCUCUUCUAGAGCUAUGACUCAAUUCCGCUCAAUUUCUAUGAAUUUAUGCUUUUUUCAUUGCCAACUUUUCACGCGAUUAUUGUCUUCUUAAUUAAGCGUGAGUCAUAAAUAGUCUACUCGGAAAUGUAUUCAGCCAAAGACAUAACUUUUGACGGUAAAUAAAAGUAACUAUAUCGUGGAAGCGGCGCACUUUAAAUAGCUUGGAGCGAUGCUAAAAGUAAGAGUUUGAUAGCACAGAGCGUGGGAAGUAUUAUAGUAUUUGUAAAUAAUGGUUCCCCGUUCUUUUCUAUUAAUAUUGCUGUAUAAUAACUAAAAUAACUUGUAGCUUAGGGCCUCGUAUAAUAAAAGAUUAACAUCGAGGACAGGUCCCGUAGCCGAAUGGCAUAUCUACGACACGAAACGCCGCGAGAGAUAGAUAUCUACGAGCGUUCCGUUUCAUGAGCGUUUCGUGAGCGUUUGUGCCAUUCGGCUACGCACCCAGAAAAUAUUAGUUUGUUAGACUUUUAAAUGUAGGAUUUCGGCAUAAGAUUCAAUUUCUCUAAAUGUAUAGUUUAGAUGGAAAGGUAGGUAGUAAUCACAUAACUAUAUGUGCCAUUAUCUGGGUAAAGGGACGUUAUUGUCGAUGGCGCUUACGGCGUUAUGUGCGAUGUUCGUGUACAAAUACGACGCCGCGGGACGUAAGCGCCAUCGACAAUAAGGUGCCUUCACCCAGAUAACGUCACAUAUAUGUAUAGAUACUAUAGAUAGAAGAAAUAAGUGAAUCUAUUUGUGUAGGGGCCGAGCGUGUCACAUUUUGUACAGACAUUGUUUGUUAAUUACGAACUUGUGAUGGGAAAUAUGUCUCUGAUCUGACCCCCGAGUAGGGCUGCCAUCCGUCCGGGUUUCCCCGGAUUUGUCCUAGUUUGGAGGCCGUCCGGGGACCGUCCGGGCGGGGAGUCAAGAAGUGUCCGGGGAAAACCCGGACACUUUUCACGUAAGGAAGCACCCCAUUUGGCCUAGUAACUUAGUAACCUAAAAGAGACAUUUUUUUUGUAAGAAAAAUUACACAUUACACUAAUUAAAUUAAAAAAAUAAAUGCAUGAAAAUUAAAGGUCAUGUUUUUUAAAAAUAAAUUCUGACUCGUCCGGGGAAAAAAU